AUGCCAAGCCCUGCUUUUCGAUUGUUUAAUGUCAUGUUAUCUUCUGGCCAAUCUCCGGAUUUAAUUCUUUGUAAUGUAUUAAUUGAUUGUCUUUCAAAGGCUGGAAGGUGCCAGGAUGCAAUUCAAGUUUUUCUCAGUUUGUCAGAGCGAAACUUAAAGCCUGAUUCUUAUACCUUUGCUUCAUUGUUAUCUACAAUCUGUCGUUCCAAAAUGUUUUAUCUCUUACCUAAACUAGUUCUAGUCUCUAGACAUGUAGAUGCUGAUUUAGUGUUCUGUAAUGCUCUUUUAAGCUCUCUUACUAAGGCCGACCUUCCUUCUCUUGCUGUUGGAUUCUAUGACCAUAUGAUUGAUGAAGGUUUUGUGCCAGAUAAAUAUACUUUUGCUGGAUUACUAAGUGCACUCUGUUGUGCGGGAAGAGUUGAUAAAGCAGUUAAUGUGUACCAUGGUGUUGUAAUGAGUUAUCAUGACAUUGAUGCUCACAUCCAUACUGUAAUAAUAGUUGGUCUUCUAAAGACCGGAAAGUUUCACAAGGCUGUCAGUGUUUUAAGAUUUGCAGUAAUGAAUAAAUAUCCACUGGACACUGUAGCAUACACAGUUGGCAUCUGUGCACUUCUUAGAGGUAGAAGAACUCAAGAGGCUUGCACAUUGUAUGACCAGAUGAAGAACGAUGGCAUGCUGAUGGUGUACAAGCAAAACAUAAAACAUCAGGCAGAAGAUAAUACAGAGUGGAACCUAAUUCUGGAUACAUCCAGUUCUGAAGAUCUGUCAGAUGUAGCUGCUUCAGUUGGUUGGUCUCUUAUGCUUGCCAUGUAG